UAGGGAGGGGGGUUGGAAAGGGCCCCUCCGACCACCCUUGUCUCAUUUUCCACUGCCCCAUGUCCCUUAGAACAUGGAGGAAAUUAUGGCAGUUCAAUCCUCUCUCUCACCCAAAUUCCCAACCAUAAAAGCUCUCGUACAACCAAAAACUCUUCCUAGUUCUUGAAGCAACAAAUAAACCAUCAUGCCAAGAAGAAGCCUGGCCCUGAUCAGCCAAAAAGAAGGUAAAAGAAACCCACUUUCUUACCAUCAUUGCCAUCAAAUCCAAGAAGAAAAGCACCCAUAAUUUGCACUCCUUUCCAAUCACUUUAAAAGAAGAAGAAGAGAGAAAGUCUAUCCUUCCCAAGCAGUACUCUUCUAACCAAAGGAAAGAAUAAGAAGAACCAGCGAAAUGGAGAUUGAAUCAGUCAAGUGCGAGUGUUGUGGCCUCAAAGAAGAUUGUACUCAAGACUAUAUAGCUGAAGUCAAGGCCAAAUUUGACGGCAAAUGGCUAUGUGGGUUGUGCUCAGAAGCUGUAAGAGAUGAAGUUAGCCGGGGAAAGAAGCCGCCGUCUGGCGUGGAAGAAGCUGUGAAGGCUCACAUGUCGUUUUGUCGUAAAUUCAAAUCGAACCCGGCGGUUCGAGUCGCCGACGGGAUGAGGCAGAUGCUAAGGAGAAGGUCCGGGGACUUGUCAUCAUCUCCAUCUUCCGGUACUAAGUAUUCAAGAUCAGGAAGCACAUCACAAGUGACCGAUACAUCGUCUUUCUCAUUGUACUAAUAAUUGGAAAGAAGUAGAUGGUUGGAAUAAUAUAGGUGGCCUUUCAUGCCUAAGUUUUAACUUGUCUUGUACAGGGGAUAAUAUUUCAAAUGAUGGGGGGACUUCUUCUUGCCUUUCCCAAUCCUCGAAUUGAUAUUGGUGUGUUUUU